AUAGCGUAAAUACGCAGGAUAUGUUUGUUUCACAGCUAUUUACUUAAAUUACACAAAUGCUGGUUUACUUAUCACACAGUGUCAAUCGGUUAAAAGAUGUCUUUGUUGCUCAGGCGUCUAAGUAUCAGCAAACCCCGAAGCAAGCUCUCCUUUAUCGUUGAAUAACUCAUCGUUUCGCCAGUCCUUCAUGAAACUUUGGCGUUGUUCAGGGGUCCAAGAAUCUGUCAGGUUCGCAGCAAUACCAUAUCGCUCAUUCUCCACUUCCCAUCGAAGUUAACGACUCAUAAUUUCUAUAUUCUUCUCAAACAGAAGAUCCCUUUACAUAUCAGUCAUAGCGACUUUCCAAAGUUCGUAAGCUCAGCCACAGUUGUCUGGUGGUGCGGGUGGUGCGCCUUGCACCACACGUGACGUCACCAACGGCUGAACAUUAUUAAUUUAUUCCAAUUUUGCGUUAAAUUUUUUAAUAUUUUUGCAUUGCUAAUGCACUCGUUUAAUGUUUAUCAUUAUUUAGCAGUAUAACCAAGGGUUUUUUACAGAAGAGGCCAUUCCAUGUAAAAGCGUUUUAUGCUUUCGUUGUUCAAUACAUAUAUAAACUUUAUAGGCUUUAUAGUUAUACUCCUCAUUGAAACCAGUGAUUUAUAUUUGCUUAUAAUCUGUUUAGAGAUCUUUAGAGGCUUUAGAGAUCUCAUGCAGUUACAUCAUUAAUCAUAAUUUAACGCUCUGCCGCUUUUACACAAUGAUUAGCCAAUGAAUUCUAAUUAUGUAUGCGUAUAUCAUAAUAUUUACACCGUAUCCUAGCAACCCAUGGUUGAACUGCAGGCAAGAUCGAGCGCGUUUGAAUAUAAACUUUAAACGCAUGCGCAAAAUUACAUAUGAUCCGAAAUAUUCAUGUUUGCACCACAAGCCGCAGGAGCAUUUUAGCUGCAUAUAAUCUAACAAAUUUUGCAAAUACAAAGUUGAAAUUGUAAACUGCAACAAGAGGCUGCUAAAGAGUAAAGCGUAAAGAGGUUAAAGAGAGUUACAUCAAGAAUGGAUUAUGCCUGCAAGACUUGUUCGAAGAAGUUCACUCAGUUGAGAAGUUUAAUUCGCCACGAACGCUCUACCCAUGGAGAAAAGAAGUUAUUUAUCUGUGAACAGUGCAAUGAGUCUUUUACACGAAGAGAUGCUGUCAAACGGCAUGAAAAGCGACAUCAAAAGAUCACUACGUAUACCUGUAACAACUGUAGAAAAGAAUUCUACCGUCACGACAAAUUAGUGGAACAUCAAAUUCCUUGUCAAGGAAAUCCCUUAAUACGAAGACCUGAUGAAGAUGAUAGCGGUCCAGUUCCAAAGAAGGCACGAGCUGAUAUUCAAAUUGGAAAAGGGGAAACAGCUAGCCAGGUUGAAGAAAACGACAACAACCCUUGCGGUUCAACAACAGCUUUUGAAGAUUCCUUGAAGAAAAUCGAACUGAGACCACGAAAAAACCAAAAACACGACAUGUCUCAGUUCUUGCGUGGUAAGACAAAGCCCAUUUUGAAACACCUUUCGAAAGAGUUGGGAAAGAAACGGGGUAUUAAAUGGUUUGUUAACGUUAAAGUACGGUUUGUAAAACAUAAACCCGAUGGCGAAGAUUUAAUAACCGAGCCUCAUUUUCGCAGUCUCUGUAUGAAAACAGUUAAUCAGCACGAACUGUCUAAUCAACUGGAUGAAGCGAAGCAGAAAAUUGUCCAGUCGCUGGUGUUAUUUCAAAAAGAAGGAAGUGGUUGGAUAUUAGACGAAAUCCUUCAUCUUGACCUUUGCAUGGCCAAGUAUACUCCAGUAAAAGGAUCCAGUUACGUCCCACUACCUAGAACUAUUGCAGGAAAGAAAGCAGUGAUCAACGUUAAGAAUUCCGACAGCAAAUGCUUCAUGUGGGCCGUCCUUGCUGCUCUUCAUCCUAUUCACUGGAAGAAUAACCCGGAAAGAUUACAUCACUAUGAAAAUUUUCAAGAUGAAUUAAAUUUUAAUGUCAAAACCAUCAUAAAGCACGGAUGUUUUACUGCCGCUAUUGCUUUCAUGGAUUUAUCCGCGAAGACUUGCUUCAAGAGCAUGAACCACACUGCUGUCAACAUGCAGCUCAACGCAUCGAACUCCCGACUGAAGAGAAUGCUCAACUGUUCUUUAAAGACUACUAUAAACAGUUGAAAGUUCCGUUUGUGAUUUACGCCGACUUCGAAAGUCUUACCACCAAGAUCAACUCAGUUAAUCCUAAUCCUGAAAAAUCCUCCAC